AUGUUUAAAGCUCUAUUUUGGAAUUCUAGGGGUGCUGGAAGUGAGAACUUCAAAACUGCAAUUGCAGACCUUGUCAAAUUACAUUCUGUUGACAUACUGGCUAUUUGUGAGCCAAGGGUUCAAUUCAAGAGAGUUAGUAAUGCUCUCAGUUCUCUUGGAUUCCCUGACUCUAGAAUUGUUGAAGCUAGGGGAUUCUCUGGUGGAAUUUGGUUGUUAUGGGAUAAAAAUAGAACCCAGGUUGAUUUUGUGGAUGAGAACUCUCAAUCCAUAUCAGUUAAAGUCUCCAUUCCUGGUAAGCAGACCUGGUUGUUUACUGCUAUUUAUGCUAGUCCUACCCAUGUUACUAGAGCCUCACUAUGGGGCUACCUGGAAAACCUUAUGAAUACUGUCAACUUACCUUGUAUGCUCAUGGGGGACUUUAAUGAGCUUGUUUCUGCAGCUGAUAAAAAUUGUGGUACUCUUUCUGGAAGAUUUGGUGGUCUUCGUGAUUGGAUUAACAGAAAUGGUAUGAUUGAUAUGGGAUUCCAAGGUUCUUGUUUCACUUGGAGCAACAACAGAGUUAAAGAGAGACUUGACAGGGGUUUCUGUUGCUCUGCUUGGAGAGCUUUAUUUGCUGAUGCUUUUAUUAGGCACUUGCCAAAAACAAGAUCUAAUCAUUGCCCCAUUCUUCUCCAACUCUUCUCCAAUAAUGUUGUGAACAGAAAUGCUACUGCCUUUAGAUUCCAAACCAUGUGGCUCAACCAUAACACUUAUGAUGAUUUUGUUUCCAAUUCUUGGGCCUCAAGUGAGGGUACUUUUUCUAACAAAGUCACUCAGCUAUCUUCUGAUCUAUCUAAAUGGAAUAAAGAUGUCUUUGGGCACUUGUUCUAUAGGAAAAAGCAUAUCCUUGCCAGAAUUAGGGGUAUUCAAAAAGCCAGGGACAGAUUUGAAAAUCCGUUCUUAAUUAAACUUGAAGCUGAGCUCAUUCAUGAGUAUGAUGUUAUUUGUGAGCAGGAAAAUCUUUUCUGGAGGCAGAAAUCAAGAGACAAGUGGCUCAAAGAUGGAGAUAGGAACACUAGAUUUUUUCAUCUGACCACUUUGGUUAGAAGAAGAAGAAACAAGAUUGAGGGUUUUUUGACUCCCAAGGUGUUUGGUCCACUGAUUCCACUGUGA